AGUAAUUCCAGUGAAUGUAGACAUUCUAAAUCAGUUUAUUCUUAAUACCAGACAGUAAACAGAUCUAAAUCUAGAUAAUAGAUCUAGAAUAUUCUAGAAAUUAGGCCUUUAUUAAUUUAUUUUGGACUUUUUCGCAUUCAUAUGAUUUCUCCAUUCACUGACACGGGUUAUGGCAAAACUGUUCCGUUGUAUGCUGCAGAUAGUUGAUAUUGAAAGAAAAAUGUCUACCAGCUCUUCCCAUUUCAGCAUUGCUAAUCAACUUUUGUAUGUGAAUGACAAAAUCAAAGCUGCAUCUGUUAAAAGACCUCAGCACCUUCAGUAUUCUACUCCAAGAUUAGUUGCAGUUUCUAAAACCAAAGGAACAGAUCUAAUUAUUGAAGCCUAUGAUGCAGGUCAGCGUCACUUUGGAGAAAAUUAUGUUGUAGAACUGCAUGAGAAAGCUAAUGAUAUAGAGAUUCAGGAUAGGUGUCAAGAUAUUCAAUGGCAUUUCAUUGGGCAUUUACAGAGAAAUAAAAUUUCAAAAAUAUUAGAUGUACCCAAUUUAUUUGUAAUUGAGACAGUUGAUAGUGAAAAGUUGGCAAAAGCUCUAAGUGACUCAUGGGGAAAGUUGAAAAAAUCUGGCCAUCUGCAAGUAAUGGCUCAAAUAAAUACAAGCGGAGAAACAAGUAAAAGUGGGUGCUCCCCCAGUGAAGCAGUGCAAUUAGUGAAAUACAUCAAAGAACAUUGCCCCCAUCUUCAGCUUUUGGGAUUGAUGACAAUAGGUUCUUUUGAUCAUGAUAUCAAUUCUGGUCCUAAUCCAGAUUUUCAGGCACUCUUUGAUAUUAGGAAAGAAGUGUGUCAAAGUUUGAAUAUCUUGGAAAAAGACUUAGAACUUAGUAUGGGCAUGUCCGCUGACUUUGAGCAUGCUAUUGAAAUGGGAAGCACAAAUGUUCGAGUUGGUAGUACAAUAUUUGGUGAACGUCGUGGUCAUCAAGAAAAAGGAACUGCUAGUGAUCAGAGUGUUCAAACAGAUCAGAAUCGGGAAACCAAUGACGUUCAAUCAUCUUUAAACAAAAUAGAGAGUUUGGCAUUAACAUGAAUAUUAUUUGUGUGUCUGCUCUACUAAUGAUGGAAGAAAAGUUCUCAGAAAAGCAUUUAAUACAAACGAUAUUUGUCUUUCAUAAAAAUUGUUAUUAAAAUGUUUGAAAAAAUUAUUUUUUUACUUUUUAAUUAUUUUUUUUUCAUAAAUUGAGAUGUAACAGAUGAAAAUAUGCUUGCUUUAUGGAAUAUUUUUUUGCUGUUCAUGGGCUACUUUUAAUUUCUUUUGUCUCCAGCAUUAAUUUUCCUUCUGUUGUAGAACAGUUCAUUUAAAUAUAUAUGUUUUAAACAUUUCAAAAAUAGAGUUCUUUUCCCAGAAUAUUCCUGUAGGCUUUAUACUUAAAAAAAUUAUUUAGAAAUGUCUGAUUUAUUAUAUUUUGUUUCAGUACCAGGACAAAAAUACACAUUUAGCAGAAUUAAGUAUUAAUUAAACCAAAAAUCAUUCUCAAUUGUUGUAUAAUUGUAAUGCUAAUCAUUUAGUGACAAUUUUGUAACAAGUCAAAAUGUUUAUCUUCUACUGGUGUAGAGGCCAUAUUAAGUUAAUAGAACUACUGUUAAAAAGUAAAAACAAAGUGUUUAUUUAUAAAACAUUUAUUACAAAACAAGUACUACUUAACUCAAGCAUAUUUAUAUAUUAAGUAAUAAUCAAUAAACAUCAAAUGGAUGAAAGCAUACAGAAGCCUGGUGAAUUGAUUAUAAAACAAUGCAAACUUAUAGUAAGAUGAGGUAGAUAGAAUUAUAAGUCAAAAGGUGCAUGGCACUAAAGAUUAAAGUUUUCAGUUUCCAAUGGAAAACACAGCGAAUAGAGAUUGAACUUAUCACAGAGGUUACCAAGCUUUUUUUUUUUUUUUUCCCAUUCACAGUGUUAUGUAUAAAUUUAGUUUUUCCCAAGAGGGCUCUGCUGUCAGAUUUUAUAGAAGUCCAUUUGAAACAAAAUUGUGGUGCUAAUCUGAAGAAGCCACACCACUAUUUGCAAACCAUGUCAAUCAUUGGCCUAUCACAUUCCAUAUUAAAAAAAAAAAACAGCUCUUGGUAACCGAACUAUAAGUGUAUACACAAUUCUA